AUGGCCGACGUCGACGAGGAUGCGAUCCAUCUCCCCGCCUCGCAUGACUCCGCAGGCCAGAUUGAGCAUGAUCUCUCGGACGAGACACAGGACUUUCGCUUUCUAAAUAAUCUUGCGCUUGUCACCGACAUCAACCAAGCCACCCUCCCCCGUCGCGGCGAAAAAGACUUCGAACCAAACCCGACCUUGCUACAAUCCGAUGCGCUCGCUUCAUCCCGGCAGGCGAUGCACAAUGCGCUCUCGUUCCCACGUCUCCAUCACCCGAAGAACCGCGUCAUCGGCGUCUAUGCUCCAGAUGGCCCUGCCCCUCCGAGAGCCGUGCUGAAAAAAGCCGCGACUACGGAAGGACGUGCCGAGGAUACUUCUGCCUUGAAGAGUGAUCAAACAAAGGUGUCUAUGAAGGCUUCGGCAACGGGAAUGGGUGUCCCCGCUGACGCGUGCGUGUACGUGCCAAAUCCAAAGGGCCAAUACUUCAGGACAAUGGGCCAGGCAGACCGCUGGAAUCGUGUCUGGCUGCUACCGGAGGAGGCUCUCUACCUGCUGGAACGAGGCAGUUUAGAUAUCAGAUGGCCGUCAUCGAUGGUCGGUUCCGGUGGAGACCAGGACGACGAGAAUGACAACGAAUCGAGUGUUCCGAUGAGUUUGCAGGCUGCAUAUACGUGCUUCAUCGGCCGCGGCGGAUUGACCUUGGAGAGGUUCACUGUCUACUCGUUACUGAGGCGCCUAGGAUACACGGUUAUUCGAGCCCCUUCCUGGGACGAGACCAAAGAUGUGCAUGAGGGAGCGUUUGGAACGACACAAGACAACAGAGGACCUGGUAUUAUCGGCUUCCUGGGACGCCUAUUCAGGUCGAUAUGGAAUUUCAAUGCGGCAGGCCGCACGGCCUUUGGUCCCCUUGUUGGAUUGGGUAUCCACCGCAGCUACAUCGAUAUAUACCGCAGAUUAUCAUUGAUUCCCUCCGAAGACCCAUCCACGCCUGAACCUCCAGCUCGACGCACCGAUCCUCCAUUCCGGAUUGCAUUCCACGUCUACAAGCCCGCCACGCCGUUCCGGAAGUCUGCUCCUCCGACGCCAGAUUUCCGGAUCGCAGUGGUUAACACCUGGACCCAGACCACUCUCCCCACACUGUCGCAGCUCCGGGCCCUCUUGGAGAGCACCCCGCUCGAUCCGCCUGUUGGGGAGAAGAUGGAGCGACAGUUGUACAUGCGGCUCCGACACGGCUACAGGAGCGUCAUCCUGGGGGUAGUGGACCAGGGCGUGGGCCCAAAGGUCCCAAGAAAGGUGGCUUCUCAGGCAAAGGAGGUGGAAAAGGAAGAGGCCGAGAAAGGUGAACAACCUUCUCAGCUAGCUCUAUCAUCCAUUGCAUGA